AUGGCCCUAGGUACACGAACAAGAGGUCGCGCUGCUGACACGAUUGUCUUCAUCACGGGCGCCGACCGAGGAAUUGGUUACGAGGUCGCGCGUAACCUUUCGAGUCCGUCAAAACACGAGGGAUACCAUGUCAUCAUAGGCAGUCUCACCGAUGAGCUCGGCGCCGAUGCCGUGACGAGGCUUUUGGAAGAGGACUUGUCCCGUUCCCUAUCGACACAAACAAUAGACGUCACAUCGGACGAGUCGGUACAACAAGCCGUGGACAGCAUUGAGAGAGACUUUGGACGACUCGAUGUGCUCAUCAAUAAUGCCGGCGUGCUGCUCGACGGACUGGACACGACCCAAGUCCCCCGGCAUCUGUUGGAAAAGACCUUUUCGGUCAACGUGUUCGGGGCGGCUGCCGUGACCGAGGCCGCGAUACCACUGCUCGAAAACUCGACGUCGCCGAGCCCGAGGGUUGUCUUUAUGAGCUCGAGGAUGGGAUCACUGUCGGUCAAGACAGACAGUUCGGAUCGCUCGGCCAUGAGGCACUUUCCGAUAUACAGGAGCAGCAAAUGCGCCCUGAAUAUGAUCAUGCUGCACUACGCCUCGCUCUUUCGGGACAGAGGCUGGAAAGUGAACUCUUGCGAUCCUGGCCUGACGGCCACGGCGCUUGCGGGGAACCAGAAGAAUUUGGGAACUGUAGAAGACGGAGCGAGAAAUUGUAUCAGACUGGCCACGUUGAACAGUAAUGGAGAAACGGGAACAUUCACGAAUAAAGAGGGAGCCAUCCCAUGGUGA